AUGACCAGUGGCACUGCUUCUAAUGAUGCUAAAAGUGAGGAAAAUAUUAACGACAUUCCUGAUGGUCCUGAUCCAAUAGAUGUUGAUGAUGAUGUAUAUUGUAUACACCUGUCAUUUAUUGAUGUGCAACGUUUUCAGACAAUAUAUCCUAAAACCGAUACAACUAGUGUUGUUUUUGAAGGGGAGCAAUAUGUUCCUCAAAGGGAACCAUUUGUCAUUGAAUAUUAUGAAGAUGAUGUUCCACUAAGCAAGAAAAGAAAGGCAACAACUACCAAUGAUGCUGGUCCUUUCACGAAGAAAUGUAAAGAGCAUACAAUUUCUGAGAUGAAAAAUCUAUGGGGUGUUUAUACUGAAGAGGUUAGGGAGUCUGCCAAGAAACAUAACAUUCAAUCCGCUAAUUAG